AUGAGAGGCGAAUGGCUGGGAAUGUUGACCUCUGAGAUCCCAGAGGGCUGGAAGAUGACAAAGUUUGUCUCUCCAGCGGCAAAGGUCCACAGCUACCUGUUGGAGAAUGAAGCUGGUGAGACCAAGGCUGUAAUAAAGGCCAAAGGAGUGACUUUGGAUCAUACAGCCACCGCUGCUGUAAAUUAUGCAGGCAUGGAGAGAAUUGUUCGAGCCUACAUCGAGGCGAACGAAGUCUGUGUCCUCUCGGCAGACACGACUUUGUUGAAGAGGUCACUUGGCCGGAUCACAACUGUAGAUCAAACCAAGAAGACUAGCGUAGUAAUGGAUAAGUUGAGGUUUUCACCCGACUAUUCCACUCUUCCCUAUGGGUAUUCAUUGUAUAAUAAUUAG